UCCAUUCUGUGUGCGCAAACGGGCGCAGAUGACUGACUGACAAGCACGACUCCAGAAUCCAGAAACUGGUUGCUACUUACUGGAUUGUGCAGCGUUAAAGUUUACACACAAAUGGAUUCGGUCAGUUUUGAAGAAACCGAUAACCACGUUGUUUUCUGCAUUUUAUUAUAAAUUAAGAAUUGUUCCUUAUGUCUUCAACACUGCUUGAAUGAAGGAGCCAGCGCUUCCUGACGCUAUAUACAAUACAGUACACAUCGAGGAGAACUCUACCACAGGAUCUACAAAUACAAGCCGACUCCGAGGAAGAAGGAGACUGCAGGAAAGAAACAAAAAGCGAAAAAAAGAAAGACACCCCUUCCUUUAUUUGUAAUGGAUGCAAUACAUUUAAUAUUUAAUUGGUACAAGAGUAUUACGGAUACCCCAGAUCGAUUGAACAACCACAGUGCUUUAGAAAGGGCAAGUCUAAGAGGGCUUUAAAUCAUUGAUAUUUCCCUUACCAUUCUUACCGGGAUUGAGGAUAUUCAUCUUAAUCUUUUCACCACAGAAAAUCGGGUAGUUCAGAGUGACGAGACGGGAGUUAUGCCCUCAUUAAGACAGCAAUACUUUUACAUAUCAUUCCAUUUCCUACUGCUGUGCUGUAACUCGCAGGGGGAGAAUCACCCAUCUCCUAAUUUUAACCAGUAUGUGAGGGGCCAAGGAGCCAUGUCAGAUCAACUCAGCCGACGCCAGGUGCGGGUUUACCAGCUCUACAGCCGAACAAGUGGCCGCCAUGUGCAGAUCCAAGGGAGGAAGGUGACCGCAAACGCAGAGGAUGGCAACCGAUUUGCAAAAUUGUUUGUCGAAACGGAUACAUUUGGCAGCAGAGUGCGUAUCAAAGGAGCUGAGACUGGCCAUUACCUUUGCAUGACCAGAAAAGGCAAACUUGUGGGAAAGCCUACAGGGAAAAGCAAAGAUUGCAUCUUCACAGAGAUCGUCCUAGAGAAUAACUAUACUGCUUUUCAAAGUGUCAAGUACACUGGGUGGUACAUGGCAUUUACAAGGAAAGGAAGACAAAGAAAGGCCUCUAAGACACAGGAAAACCAACGGGAAGUCCACUUCAUUAAACGUCUUCACAAAGGACCUCUGCCUUUCCCUAAUGAGGAUCAACAAAAACGUUUCGAGUUCAUUAACAUUGCACCUACAAAACGGGCAAAACGGAGUUGGAAACUGCAGACGCCUUCUUAACAGGGUGCAACUUGUAUAUAGAACUGGGCAGGUUUCCUUUAAGAAGAAAUAGAUUUAUUUUUAUACCUUAAUCAUUUUUAAUGCCAAACAGACAUAACUUCCAA